AAGAGUUUGUGUGUUUGUGUUUUCCCACAGAAUUCCCGACAAAUCCUCCUUUUCUGCAGCAUUUCAUUAGAUUCAGUGAAAAUGUCCCGCGGAGAUAACUUCCCGAUGCUGAAGAAAGCUCGGGCGAAUUCAAAUUCCACAAUAACAAGUCUUCUGACAUCGCAAAACACCACGCAACAAGUGACUGGGCACCACUUUGCAUCUGGAUCGGAUUCUGGGGAGUACCUGCCGAUCUUCACCCCAGAAAUCAGCAGUAUUAUGCGGGGCUUCGGCGACUGUGAGCACCCACUCAGGGAGUCUGUGGUGCUCGUGGAGAAAAUAGUGUAUCAGCAGAUGCGAGGAAUUCUGCAGGAAGCGAUUGACUGCGCCGUGGCCAGAAAGGGUAUUGCGUGUCCCAGUCAGAAGGACUUUGAAUUCCUGAUGCGCCGGCAACCCGUGAAAAUCUUCAGGCUGCAGAAGCACUUGAGGUACAUGAAGCAGUAUCAGCGGUAUCAGGACAUCAAGGAGGGGCGCGUGAGUGCUCUGCAGAAGGAAGUGGAGGCGAGUCCCGGAUCAAAUUCCGAAGAUGACAGCGAUCGGGAUGUUCCUGAGAGAUUUGACGAGGAGAAGACGCGUCGGAUAUUCCGUGCAGACCGCAUUUCGCAGAUGCUGAACGGAGAUCAGUAUGAGUACUUCCACGCAGCCCGCCGAACGUCGUUCUAUGGCAACAAUUCCGUCACAAUGAUGACCAAGUUUCGCUCGUGGCUCAACAUUCCAGCAGAGGUGCAAAUCACCGCGGAAGUUUUGAAGAUUCUGGCGUAUUUGGUGCACGAGACAAUUGCCGUCCUCGUGGACUACUGCAUCCUGACGCGCUUGAAUUCCAGCAACAGAAUAACUGAGCCCUACAGUCGAGUGACGUCCGGAUCCACUUAUGGGAUGAUCCACCUUUGUCCGGACAUCACUCAAGGCAGGGGCGCCGACGGAGUGAAGCCCAUCACUGUGCAGGAGAUCAACGAGGCGAUGCGACGCCACAAUCUCAUGUCCUCGAAGCCAAUGGGACUGUUCAGGAAUGUGAGAACAGGAACAAACUAUUUAGCUAUUUAAUAAGAGUCUCUGAUUUUCGGUCAUCGGAAUGGAACAGUAUAGAAAGUGUUUAUUUGGCAAAAAGACAUCACAAUUGGCUCUACAAAUACGAUUCUUCUACAACAUCCUUUA